AUGGCAAAUGCCCAAGACACGCAACAUCCGCCCGAAGCGACUACGGUCAAUGUCACCCUCCCUAGAAACAGCCUCGUUCCCUACGACGAAUCCCAACCUAGCUCACCCACGCUUGCCGAAGAAGACGAAGUUAGUUCAAUACCGAGACCUGCGUCGAGAAGAUCCUCAGGCACCGAUCGCAUCGUCUUCAGCGCCCACUUCGGGAUCAUCGGCACUAACGACAACACAUCCAUCCCCAAUCCCAGGAUACGUCACAAUGGCGAAUCCCAGCACGUACUAUCCAACAUCAACGCCAGAGAGGAUGCCAUUCUUCGACUCUUACUCAACCUCGUUACCAAUCGACCCUACCUCUUUCGCAUCAUGGGGCCUGACCUCGAAUGGUUACAACGAAGGGCCGGAGAACUCGGAUAUCAAUUGGAUCCAGAACGAAGCUCAUCCACGUCACAAUCCCCUCCUGAAUCAAACACCGACCCAAUCCCAGUACCUCCACCCUCCUCAUAUGCCAAUCCCCACGUUACCAUAUCCUCCAAUCACAAUGGAUCCUCGGACUCAGAACCUCGCCACGGAAUCCACCGUGUCCCAACUCCCAUGCCUGGAACUCGCUCCAAUGACCCAUCUCCCCCGCAAUCCACCUCUUCCAAUUCCACCCCUGAAUCUAACGCCUCUUCCACCCUUCCGAACCUCCCUGGACUGUUCCACGACUGGCUCACAAACCCAGCUACCCAUGCCCAGGCUAGCGCAGCCAUCGACGCCUGUGGAAACGAGAGAAGGCAAUUAGAGAACGAAGAAAGGAAUUGGGACGAUUGGAGAUGGAGGAAGCCAGAUGCGAACGAAGCUUGGGAGCUCUCGACUGGGAUCGACGGAGCAUUGCAGGUACCCUUAUCGGUCUACGCGCAGAAUCUGUCAUCUUCCCCCACGUCUUUCCUACAGUCGGACUAUCAAAUUCUGGAACAGCAUCUCGACCAAGCCCAUCCGGCACCUUCCCCAACCAAUCAGCGAACCCUAUCACCGAAACUCCUAGCUCCCAUCACACGCACUCCUCAGACUCUCACCCCUCCGGAAGAAGUGGCGUCCCUAGUAUCCGCAUCUUCCAAGCUCCCUUUAGCCGAGAACUCACUCCCUCGCCACCUGAUGGAUCUUCCGGUUACGCCUAUCCAAGCGGAAUGGGAAGCAGCCUUCAAAUUCCUCGAAACGGACACCUUCCUGGGCGAGACUCCUCGAAUGCUUCCGACUACCAUGCAGACCGCUCCCAGACUACAUCGAUUCAAGCAGUCCGCGGUUCCACGACGAGACGCCCAGAGUCUUCCAUACAGCGUCGAGGCAACCAUGGGAUUAGAUGCUGGGAGUGUGGAGACCUCGGGCAUACUAGGAGAGAUUAUCGUUCCCCUUUCCCUCACUCUCCUACUCCUCUUCACCCUUAUCCCAGUCGUCCUCACUCCACCAUGCCCGCUCAACGCCGUACUUCCUUCCGCUGUAAUUGCUCUUGGAGAACGUUCCCCCACUCCAAGCCCCGCCACUGCGACCAAGACGCCGCCCGACGAGCGGGACGCCAACCCGACCUUAGCCAUCUCACUACUACACAUGAAUAUCCCCGCCGCCGUUGUAUCGAUUGUGGUGUUCCCUUCACCACCUCCCAUCGCCGCUCCCUCGAAUGUCCCGAGUGUGGCGUCACCAUCGCCAAAACCAUGGAAGGAGUGGAAGGCGGAGCAGGAGUUAUGCACGGUGUGUCACGCAGAGCAGUGGGAGAGUGCGCAGACGGAGAUGUGUAGAGGAUGUUGGAAGAAGAAGUUGGAGGAAACGAAGAGUAUCGAGUGGUUACGACGACAGGCAGAGUGGAGGGAGGACACGGAGGAUUUUGGGCGAUGGAAGCAGGAGAUUUCCUGGUGCAUGUCGCAGAAGCACCCCCUUCAUGACGAACUCAUAUGCCGUAUGGAAUUCGACGCCCCCAUCCUUCACCCCGUCGUCUACCCUAAUCCCCACCGCAAUGCCUAUCUCGCAUGGGUCAACGCCGACGAAGCCUAUCAACCACAGGAACACCCCCUCCAGCCCAUGGCCUAUCUCCACCAGCAUCCCCUCAUCAACAACCGCUCCCCAUCUCCUCCUACCUUUCCCACUUCCAUGGCCCGCGAAUUCAAUUCUCCGUAUAAGAGUCUCGAGGCGCGACUGACGUAG